AUGUCGUCAACACUUGCACCUUCUACUCUCUCUCCAAAUAACCCAAUAACAGAAUCCUCCGUGACAUCGACAUUACAAAAGCUUGGAGCUUCUAAACCUUCUCAAAAAGAUUUAGAUGAUUACACGUCUUUGUUAUCUGGUAUAUGGGAAAUAUGGAAUAAAGUCGAUGAUGUACCCGAUUACAUCCCUGCCGUGGAUGAAGAGAGAUUUCCUCGAAAGAAUGUACAUCGACCUGAAGGAGAUGAGAACAAAUAUAACGCUUGGGCGUGGAAAGCUGAUGUACAAGACAUCAACAGUGAUGGUACUGGUCUCUUAAGCGGCAAGACAGUUUGCUUGAAAGAUACAGUAGCGCUCAAAGGCGUGCCUUGUCUAGUGGGCACAGAUGUCAUAACAGAUUGGACACCUAAUAUCGAUGCUACCAUAGUUACCCGUAUAUUAGAAGCGGGAGGUGUCAUUACUGGUAAGGCAGUAUGUGAGAAUUUGAGUUUAUGGGGAGUUAGUUGUUCUGCCAAUACUGGUCCCAUAUCCAAUAUAUACGCUGAAGGGUUUUCUGCUGGUGGAUCAUCUUCCGGCACAGGCGUUUUAGUUGGCAGAGGAGAAGUUGAUUUGGGUAUUGGGGGAUGUCAAGGUGGUAGUAUCAGAAUACCAAGUUCGGUUAAUGGCAUAGUAGGAAUGAAACCUACUCAUGGCUUAGUGCCUUAUACUGGUGUAGUGGGAUUGGAACCUAUACUAGAUCAUGUGGGUCCCAUGACAAGGACCGUAUUGGACAAUGCGUUGUUCUUGCAAGCUAUAGCAGGAUAUGAUGGUAUAGAUGAUAGAUCAACUUCUGGCUGCCCCUCGCCCUCUCAAGUGCCGGACUAUAAACAGAUGGCGAAAGAGGGUAUAAAAGGAUUUAAAAUUGGGAUAAUCAAAGAAUCACUUGAUAGACCAUUAUCUGAUUCUAGAGUUAGCGAUAUGGUGAUCAAAGCAGCUAAACAGCUUGAAGAGCUAGGUGCUGUUGUAGAAGAGGUUUCGAUCCCCGAUCAUAUUUUAGCGCCAGAUCUAUGGGCUGUCAUAGGGAGACUCGGAGCUACCAAAUCGUUACUGGGUGAAUCGAAUGGUCGACGCGGAUUAGCCAUGAAUGACCUUACGGAGAAACUAUUACCUUUAACUGGCGAUAAAAUCGAUAAGAUGUUCUGUUCAGGGACGAAUACGUUGAUUAAUGGGGUUUGGGGAUGGGAAAAUAUGCCACCUGCUUUGAUGGGAAAAGCGACCAAUCUCGUUCGCAAAUUGCGAGAUUCGUAUAAUUCAGCAUUGGACAACUACGAUGUGCUCAUAACACCAACUUUACCGAUGCUGCCUACCAAGCUUCCACCGCAAGAUGCAAGUAUACGAACUUUGAUGGAAAACGCAGCUGGAGUCAGCUUGAAUACGAGCGCUUUCAAUUUGACUGGUCUCCCAGCACUCAGUCUACCAAUCGCCUUCUUACCUAGUCGAGUAGACGACAAGACUCAACUACCAGUAGGAAUGCAGAUUGUCAGUAAAGCUUACGCGGAAGGUACUAUCUAUCAAGCAGCUUAUGCUUGGGAGAAGAAUUUCGAUUGGAAGACAUUUGCGUGA